CUGCUGCAGGAUCUGCCCAACCUGCUGGGAUUGCUGACCUGUUCCCAGCCAGACCCUCUCACCUGCUGUGGUCUCUACAGAGCCUUGGCUGCCCAGUUGCCAGUCCUACCACGAUCGGAGGUAACCUUCCUGGCUCCAGUCACACGGCCAGAUAAGGUGGUGUGUGUGGGCAUGAAUUAUGUGGACCACUGCAAAGAACUGAACAUGUCCGUGCCCAAGGAGCCCAUCAUCUUCAGCAAGUUUGCCAGCUCCAUCGUGGGACCCUAUGAUGAGGUGGUCCUCCCACCAGAGAGCCAGGAAGUAGAUUGGGAAGUGGAGCUGGCCGUGGUCAUUGGAAAGAAAGGCAAGCACAUCAAGGCCACAGAUGCCAUGGCCCACGUGGCCGGCUUCACUGUGGCCCAUGACGUGAGUGCUCGUGAUUGGCUAACGACACGCAAUGGGAAACAGUGGCUGCUGGGGAAAACCUUCGACACCUUCUGCCCUCUGGGCCCUGCCUUGGUGACCAAGGACAGUGUAGCAGGUAGGUCCCUGGACCCUGCCCCCUUGUACCUACCAUUGCACAGAUGAACAGCGUUCCAGGGAGGAGCGUGGGUUCAGGUACAUGCGGCGCCUGCCCUCCCUGGCCACCCUUUCACUGCUGACUCCACACAGGCCAAGUCUCUUACCCUCAGCCAUGAGUUCUCCCAUGGGCUUCCUUCCCAAGCGCCCUAGAGGGAACACAACUACCGAGGAUGUGAAACUGCAGGAAGUAAAGUGCAAAGAACACUGAGCUGAUGGGUGGAUCAGGCUUCCUGUGGCUGCCACCAUCUGAAACGAUCUAAGUUGAGCAUCGUGGAGCAUAGUUAUCACAAGGCCCUGGCAUCUUCCACAGUACAGGACAUGAGAGCCCGUGUGACUCACCCAGGCAUUGUGGAAACAGAACAGCACCGACCACACACAGUGAGGAGACAGCGCCAGGACGGGGGCAGUGCCCCAGAGGGCAGAGCGCAGCCUCUUAACACAGCCGCCCACAACUGUGGUGGAGAUGGGGGGAGGUGUCCCUGUGGGCCAGCCAUGCCAGGAUGCCAAAGACCCCAUUACCU